CCCUAAAUCCUAGCCCAACCGGGAAUUUGAUUUCAUGGGCUUGGAGGAAACAACCAGAACGUGUGGCUUUUUUGUCUUCGUGCACUUUCUGUUGUAGUCAAACAGCUCCAGAAUCAGUUAACCACAGUUCCAUCUCCUCCCUCGGGUUUUCUUCGAAAUUAAUUUUGAUGCAUCUGUAAAUAGGAAUCAGAGGAAGGGUUCGAUUGCAGAGAUUGAAGAGGGAACCCCUGUGGCUUCUCGUGCUAGCUAGUUCGAGGAAUCGUUUCUAUAUACAGAGUAUGGCAUGCAAUCAGCUCUUUCCUUGUUCAGUCGAAAGGCUUCAAGGAUAUAGUGGUCGAAGGGAGUGAGUGAUGGUCUAUCUAGCAGCUGUUAUGUGGGAACUGGGUUAGCGUGUAUUGGGGGGGUUAGUAUUGUGUAACUUGUCUCUCUUGUUUGAUGAAAUGCUUAGGAGAAAUAUCGUUUGUGAAUAGCUCUAGUUUUUUUAUGGUUUUUGUUUGAUUUUUCCAAUUACCAAUUUAAGAUUUUGUUUAUUGUGAUCAGCACAUGUUGAUGGUUGUCUACUCUACCAUUUUUACACCGCAUGGGUAUGAAUAGGUCAUUUACGCACUUUUGUAAGGAAAGGCAAAAAACCAUUUGAUAGCUUAUGAAUUAAGAAACAGAGCAAAUAUAAACCAAGUUUGCAAGAUAAUGCUGGUGCUGUUUCUCAUUUUUCUAUGAUUCAUACGUUCAUUAUUAGUUUAUCUGUGAUGAAGGUGUAAUAUAUAUUUUUUUUUUCAUUUAAUUUUAUCAAUUCAGUUAUUGAAUCCAUAGAAUAUGUGUAGUAUAUCCAUUGGAGAUAUCAACGGUACUAUACGGAAAAGCGGGAUAAGAUUUAUUUGCUUGAUCAAUCAUAUGAAAAGAGUACUAAGGGUUGGCUGGUGAUGGAGACAUGAUGGUAGGGAAUGGCUCAUGUGAACUUCAGGGCACUAGAGUUAAAAAGAUGGGGUAUCUGAUUCGUUCAUGAGAGUUUAAUGUCAUACAGGUUUGCUUUGGAAGAAAAGAUUUUAGAACCUUAUCAUAAAGUGAAUUUGAUUUUUUUUUUUUUUUUUCUGGAAAAAAGAUUUUACUUUCUUGUAAAAUGAAACAUCCCACCAUUUCUAUUGUAACGUUUAGUUCUUGUCAAGUAGCUAAACAAGAUGGUGUGAAGUUCACAUGAAGGUUUCCCUACCUUCUUCAUAAUUCAGAGUCCUAUGACAUCUGGAUGCUUGGACCAUGCCCCUCCUGUGAAGAAAGAAGAUUGAAUAGGUCAGCUCUUUGCUUAAAUAAUUAGUAUGAAACUGCCAAAUUCUCAAUUUCAAGUGAAACUCUUAGUCCACCCUGGAAGUGGUAGGUCAUGAUAUGUCAAAAACAUCAAAAUUGGUGUGUCAAUAAUUUAGUGUUGAUGAUUAGGAGACAAAACCAUGUGAUCCUUCAUGCGCAUCAACAGACCUGGUCCAAACCAUUCACUGGCAUACAUUAGAGCAUUUCCACUGUUCCCUCUAAUGUUGUUGUAUAUAUACACAAAAACCUUUGGACUUAAAAGCAACACAAGUACUUACAUUCUCAAGCAUCAAGAGCUCCUUUCCUUUCAAAGUCUUUAUUGAUCUCUCUUGUUCGUCCAUAACAAAAUAUGGGUUUCCGUCUGCCUGCUAUUCUUAGUGCUAAGAAAAUUCUUCAGAGGUCUCCUUCUGCAAGCCAAACAGCUCCAGUAGCCAUGGAAGUGCCAAAGGGCUACCUUGCAGUCUAUGUAGGAGAAAAGCCAAUGAAAAGAUUUGUGAUUCCAGUAUCAUACUUGAACGCACCUUCGUUUCAAGACUUGUUAAUCCAAGCUGAAGAAGAAUUUGGAUAUGAUCAUCCAAUGGGUGGUCUUACAAUUCCAUGUAGUGAAAACAUGUUCAUUGAUGUCAUUUCUGGCUUAAAUUGUUCAUGAGACUUAAACUCUGAACACACAAUUUUGUAAAGAAUAGAGUUAAAAAGUACAAUGUAUACAAAAGCAUUAGCAUUUAUCAUUUACUUUUUUUUUUUUUUUA